CGCGCGCGUGGCGACAUGGCCGAAGGCGAGGCCAGAGGGAGCCUCGGGCAGCCGCACCUGUCCCGACAGGACCUGUCCACGCUGGACGUGAGCCAGCUGACGCCGCUGUCCCGCGAAGUGAUCAGCCGGCAGGCCACCAUCAACAUCGGCACCAUCGGGCACGUGGCGCACGGCAAGUCGACGGUGGUGAAGGCCGUUUCGGGCGUGCACACGGUGCGCUUCAAGAACGAGCUGGAGAGGAACAUCACCAUCAAGCUGGGCUACGCCAACGCCAAGAUCUACCAGCUGCGCGACCCGGCCUGCCCGCGGCCCGAGUGCUACCGCUCGUGCGGCAGCGGCACGCCCGACGAGUUCCCCACCGACAUCCCCGGCACCCGAGGCAACUUCCAGCUGGUGCGGCACGUGUCCUUCGUGGACUGCCCCGGCCACGACAUCCUCAUGGCCACCAUGCUGAACGGGGCGGCCGUGAUGGACGCCGCCCUCCUCCUCAUCGCCGGCAACGAGUCGUGCCCGCAGCCGCAGACCUCGGAGCACCUGGCGGCCAUCGAGAUCAUGAAGCUCAAGCACAUCCUGAUCCUGCAGAACAAGAUCGACCUGGUGAAGGAGAGCCAGGCCCGCGAGCAGUACGAGCAGAUCCUGGCCUUCGUGCAAGGCACGGUGGCCGAAGGGGCCCCGGUCAUCCCCAUCUCGGCCCAGCUGAAGUACAACAUGGAAGUGGUGUGCGAGUACAUCGUCAAGAAGAUCCCCGUGCCCCCGAGGGACUUCACCUCGGAGCCGCGGCUCAUCGUCAUCCGCUCGUUCGACGUCAACAAGCCCGGCUGCGAAGUGGACGACCUGAAGGGCGGCGUGGCGGGCGGCAGCAUCCUGCGCGGGGUGCUGAAGAUGGGCCAGGAGAUCGAGGUGCGGCCCGGCAUUGUCUCCAAGGACGGCCGAGGCAAGCUGCGCUGCCGGCCCAUCUUCUCCAAAACCGUGUCGCUCUUCGCCGAGCACAACGACCUGCAGUACGCCGCCCCGGGAGGCCUGAUCGGCGUGGGAACGAAGAUCGACCCCACCCUGUGCCGGGCCGACCGCAUGGUGGGACAGGUGCUGGGCGCCGUGGGAGCUCUGCCCGAGAUAUUCACCGAGCUGGAAAUCUCCUACUUCCUGCUGAGGCGGCUGCUGGGCGUGCGCACCGAAGGAGACAAGAAGGCGGCCAAGGUCCAGAAGCUGUCCAAGAACGAAGUGCUCAUGGUCAACAUCGGCUCCCUGUCCACCGGAGGGAGGGUCAGCGCCGUCAAGGCUGACCUGGGCAAAAUCGUUCUGACCAACCCCGUGUGCACAGAAGUCGGAGAGAAAAUUGCCCUCAGCCGGAGAGUUGAGAAGCACUGGCGUUUAAUUGGCUGGGGUCAGAUAAGAAGAGGGGUGACAAUCAAGCCCACUGUAGAAGAAGACUGAAGAGUACCGGUUGAAAAAUAAAUUUGGAGGAGUUGGGAGUUUAGCAGCCUAGAGGUGAGCCUUUGGACCUAGAGCCAGUUCAUACGGCUGAAUUGGGUUCCUGAAGGAAUAGCAUCUGAUAAAGUCACUCGUUCUCACAGUUCCUGCCCAUGGCCUGCAAGCUGAAUGAGAGAUGGGUCAGUAGAGGCGGGCUCUGCAGCUGGCAGUCUUUUAUUUUGGGAGUUGUCUUGCCAUUUUUGCGGGCAUCAGCAUCACUGUCUGCAGCAGCAGCAUCCAUGGCGUUUUGCUGCUUGUGACGAAAUGGAAAAAUGAAUGUCUUGGGAUUCAUGGACCCUAAGGUUGCGGCCCUGCUAACUUCCAGAUGUCUGUAUUGCAAAGCCUCAUUCAUCUUUACUUGCCUGCUUGUGCCUUUAGCCAGUUUGUGUCAUCUUGAGAUCCUGGGGUUGUAUGUUACACCAACAGAAAGUCAUAGUCACUUUUGACCCAUUUGUUUAACAAGGAAAUUUAGAUUUUCUAGUGUGUGUAUGCUCCAUGAUUUUAUCAACAAUUUGGGAAGACUUAAUAAGGAGAGAGGCACUUAGGGGUCUCUAUUAUGACUAUAUGAGAAUGAAGAGUGCUACUUCUGUUUUGGAGCUCCCUCGAGAAACUUUAUGACUUAAAAAUAUGUUUCAUUUGGUUUAUAAGAAUGUGAGUUUUGGUUCCCUAUCAGGUGUGUCUUUUCUGCUAAUAUUCAAAGUUACUUGGAGAAUUGUUACUCUGCCAGUCAUGGUUGGAAUACAGACAGUGAAAGAAAAAAUAGCUGAAAUUACUUGGGACUAAAGGAAAAAAAAUAAAAAGGUUUAAAAACACAUCUCAAGUAUUACCAUGUAAAAAUCUGACUCCUUACACAGUUUGUAAAUCUCAAGUUCUAUCCCAGUAAUUACAUGAUUUCUUGAAUAUGAUUUGCCUUGCCAUUGACAAGGAAACCUACAUUACCAUUUUGCUUUCUUGUAGGAAUAAAACUGGAACAUUAGGAGAUCGGUUAAUUAAUAAUGGGUUACAAUAUAAAAUAAAGAUUGCUUCAGAA